CACACUCUCAACGUGAAACACCCCACUCCAUGUUACAAUCCAACCACUCUAUUUAUCCACAGCACGUACCCUUCUAGCUAGCUGCACAAUCACACUUACACAGUAAUUCUAAUCCACCUCUUAUCACAUCAUGAACAACCUCACACUUGCAUCCAUUCUGACCGUGAUUUCUGCGCUACUACUCUUCUUGGGAACAACUCAUUUCACUAACACCCCAAUAACAAUAACAAGAGCCCCAGAUCAAAAACACCUCCACCAUUUCCAAAAGCACAUACAAGUAGUAGCCAAAUCCACAUGCCAAGGAACACUCUACCCAGACCUAUGUGUCUCAACACUUGCCACAUUCCCAGAUCUCGCCACAAAAUCUGUCCCACAAGUGAUAUCCUCAGUGGUGAACCACACCAUGUACGAGGUAAGAUCAUCGUCCUACAAUUGCAGCGGCCUCAAAAAGAUGCUCAAAAACCUCAACCCACUCGACCAGAGAGCCCUCGACGACUGUCUCAAACUGUUCGAAGACACCAACGUUGAGCUCAAAGCCACCAUCGACGAUCUCUCCAAGAGCACCAUAGGGUCGAAGCGGCACCAUGACCUGCAGACUAUGUUAAGCGGAGCAAUGACCAACUUGUACACGUGCCUCGAUGGAUUUGCUUACAGCAAAGGACGCGUGAGGGACAGAAUCGAGAAGAAGCUGCUUGAGAUAUCGCACCACGUGAGCAACUCGUUGGCCAUGCUGAACAAAGUGCCUGGAGUGAAGAAAUUAACAACUUCGGAAUCUGUGGUUUUCCCCGAAUAUGGAAACAUGAAAAAGGGUUUCCCCUCGUGGGUGUCCUCCAAAGACCGAAAGCUUCUUCAAGCUAAAGUGAAAGAGACCAAGUUCGAUCUUCUUGUAGCGAAAGAUGGCACUGGCAACUUCACCACUAUAGGGGAAGCACUCGCUGUGGCUCCCAACUCCAGCACAACCAGGUUUGUGAUACACAUAAAAGAGGGGGCAUACUUCGAGAAUGUGGAAGUGAUAAGGAAGAAGACGAAUCUGAUGUUUGUUGGAGACGGGAUUGGAAAGACAGUAGUGAAAGGCAGUAGGAAUGUUGUGGAUGGGUGGACCACUUUUCAAUCUGCUACUGUUGCUGUAGUAGGAGCAGGAUUCAUAGCAAAGGGUAUAACAUUUGAGAACUCAGCAGGGCCUGACAAACACCAAGCUGUGGCACUUAGAAGUGGUGCUGACUUCUCAGCUUUCUACCAAUGCAGUUUCGUUGGCUACCAAGACACUCUCUACGUGCAUUCCCUACGCCAAUUCUACCGUGAAUGCGACAUUUACGGUACUGUAGACUUCAUUUUCGGCAAUGCAGCUGUGGUAUUCCAAAACUGCAACUUAUACGCACGCAAGCCAAACGAAAACCAGAAGAACUUGUUCACCGCACAAGGCAGAGAGGACCCUAACCAAAACACUGGCAUAUCCAUCUUGAACUGCAAGAUUGCAGCUGCAGCAGAUUUGAUCCCUGUGAAAUCCUCCUUCAAGAGCUACCUAGGACGUCCUUGGAAAAUGUACUCUAGGACUGUUGUCCUAAAAUCUUUCGUGGAGGAUCUGAUUGACCCAGCAGGGUGGUUGGAAUGGAAUGAAACAUUUGCAUUGGAUACGUUGUAUUAUGGGGAGUACAUGAAUAGAGGUCCAGGUGCAAACACAAAUGGUAGGGUAACGUGGCCAGGUUAUAGGGUAAUUAACAGCUCCACUGAGGCAACCCAAUUCACAGUUGGGCAGUUUAUUCAAGGCAAUGAUUGGUUGAACAGUACUGGCAUUCCAUUCUUCUCUGGUUUGGUUUGAGUUGAGAAAUAUUUUUAGAUAGAGCGUGGUUCGAAUUCUCAGUUUUCAGCGAUAACUGAACCUAGGAGAUCACGUGAUUUGUAAGGUUACGUGUGUAUUACUACUUCAUUAGAGUUCCUAUAGUAUAGGGCUAUUAUAUUUAUGGCAGUCACGUGAUCACUAUACCCAAAAAUUACGUACUCUUGUGAGGGAUUAUGUUAGUGCUCUAUAUAAUAAAAGCAACUAACCCCACCAGAGAUAUCCCCAUUAUGCACUAAAUUUCUUUUUAGAAAAAUGCAUCAUUGAAAUGCACUCGGAAAUUAAAUCUCAUU